GGACCCCUGCUGAGGAGUCAAGAGAGAGAGGAAGGGGCCCCGGUGAGGCCGGGACUCGGCUGCCGGGGGGAAGGACUUGCGAGGCGGCCUCGGAGCAGGACAGCACGACUGUCACCCGCUCGGGCUAUCAGCCCUGGAGAGGGUCCUGCGAACCCAGCCCCCACCCACCACUCCCCAGACCCACAACUCCGCCACUAAGCCAGUCCCUGCGACAUUGGCCGCCUCUUUAUCGGAUGGGGCUACCGGCCAGGAAGGCAGUUGAGCAUGACUCGCUUGGCGGGUCAGCUGGACAUUUUUAUCACCAGAAUUCCAAAGGCACUGGUGGACAGCAUAAAGCAGAAAAAUUCAAAGAGGGACGCAGAGUGUACAUUGCCAAGCUUCAGGAGUUAUGGAAAACUACUCGAGUCCAAACAAUUCAUAUCCCUAAGUCAAUGGCAGAUUCAUCUUUUCUAAAGCAUCCAGAACUCACCUCAGGUCAGAAGCGCUACCUGUGCAGCAUCGCUAAGGUCUGCAACUCCAGCUAUCUGAGGACCUUAAUGAAGAGGCAAUAUGUGCAUGUGCUCCGUCAAGGCUCACAAAAGCCAGGUGCCCUCACUCAUCACAGGAGCCAAGUCAGCUCUCGCUACUCACAGAAACAGCAUGCCCCCUGCACUACAUGGCGACACCAUCUGGAGAGAAAGGAAUCUUUGAGCAUUGCGGCUGCAACACCUGAAAUGAUCAUCCAUUCCCUGUGGCGACCACUGAGACACAAGGAAGGGUUAAAAAUUGGAUAUGCAUCAAAAACAAGAUCUAAGUCACUGAAGACGUUUAAAAGACAAGGCAGACUGCUCUUGCUACCAGUGUCUUUAGAAGAUUCUCAACCAUGCAUGGAUGAAGAAACAAAGGAGGAAGAGCUACUGAAUAAGUGCAUGCAGUCCAUGUCCAUUCAAGAGCCGGGCACAUCUCAGGUCAACCUGACAGUCUCCAUACCAAGCUCAGCCAGCAGCUAACAUCCAGAUGCUGAGCCAGAGGUGGACAGGAAGAGUUGUGAGCCAUGUAUAUGACAGUGCUAGUCACCAGUAUGUCAUUUGGGUUGUUGAGACAUUUACAGCAGCCUUCUUCAUCCAAUAUGCUUCUGUGUACCAAUGAUAUAUGUGUAAUGUAUGCUUGUUUCUAGCUAGAGACAAUUAAAAUUUUACUUGCACAAAACUGAA